AUAAAUUCACCGUGACGUAGAAUCUGUUGCCGUGGAGCGCGCAAGCUCGGAACGACCGCACAGCUGAGUGAACCUGAGAACAGUUAGAAACGAGACUUGGCUGGGGGCGGAACACCCCUACGCCUCAUCGGUAACGAAUUCAAUUGUUUCGAUGAAUACCGACCCCCAUGGUUGAAAUCUAAUCAACGAUCGCGAUAUCCACGCACCUAGCGCGAUGCCGGAUUUCGUCGCAAUUUACUCGAACGUGCGUGAAUGUUUUUUCUUUCUAUUUUUCGAAUCGAUAGCUGGUCGUUCUCCGGUAACAAAUAUUUCGCGAUUCUAAACGAUCGCGAACAUGUGGUUGAAAUAAUGUUAACGUGUUACGGCCACCGCGAAUCAAAUACGUUCUCAAAUCUCAGUUUUACCUGCAUUUAUCGAGGGUGGCUUUUAUCGCGCUCCAUCGCCGGCGUGAUAUCGUUCGAAGAUUUUCUUCGCAUUUCGCGUAAACAAGCCCCCGACCGAUUCUGAGCUUCCUCUUGACGUGACCGUUGUUUGACGUCCGAAAAAAAAGAGGAGGAUACAUACCGUUUGGAUUUAUGUCAAAAGCUCUAUCCAGCCCUUCUCAUCCUCCCGCUUCGAUCUCCGGAUCUCGGGGUGGAUAAUAACGGUCUGACGUUAUCGGCUGGAGAGGAUAAAAGGCGACCACAGAACAACGGGAGAUGCGGAGGCUGGAAGACGUAGUGGCCCUCGGCAAGGGCCCCGGUCGCCCGGUCACCGCCACUUGAACGAGGCACGAAAGAGGACCGAUGAGUAGGGCGCGGGAUGGGCUCGUCCUGGCUCGCGGCCCUGCUGCUCGCGGUCACGGCAUCAACGUUGUCCGGAGCUAAUCCAACGUUCACAUCCACCUCUCCCACUGGUCCGGACACCCCAACUCUGCAAAAGGCAAGCAUAGAAGAAGCUUUGGAAGUGAUCGAGGCAGCGUCCACAGGGUCUCUGGGGGAAACUUGUGCCACCGGUGUGGGUUACAAAUCUCUCCUCGCCGCCCUGGAUCCUCGACGUUACGACACCGCUCGUCAGAAGGCUGACAUGGCAGCCAUGAUGCUGCAGGACCUGGGGGUCGCAAGGGACACCACGCUUUUAGAUGCCGUGGCGCGUUCUCUUCUGGCGUCGGUCGAAGAUGCUGUCGGUGCCAGGAUUCUGGCGUUGAACGCCUCGACCGGAGCGAUCGUCGGCUCGACCUGGUGGGAAAGAGCGCCCGGAGGAAUGGGCGAACCUCUACGUUUUCGCGAUGAAAAUCAUGCCCUACAAUCCGGCUCCCGUCCGGACCCAAAGCUCCCCUGGUUCGAGGACGCCGACACGAGUCCUGGGCUCAGGUCGCCGAAGUUCAUGCAGUCACCGGCGAUUGAAUCCUACAGGGGGUGGUGGACCCUUCCGUACUUCUCCUGCAAGGAACGAAGGUGGCUCAUCUCGUACAGCGUCAGCGUACCGCCCCCGAAUCGUCACGGGAUCCGAGAUUUCCUCAGCAUGGACGUCGACGUGAGUGACUUGGAAGUGAAUCAGUGCAACUCGGAGUCGAUAACCGAGGGAAUGUCAAGCGAAAACCAGAUCGCUUCGUUCCGGGGAACGCACAAAUGCCACGAAACGACCCAGUGCGAGUAUCAGAGUCCUACGAGCAGAACGAAUGGGAAGACGAUCGGUGCUGGAUGGAUGAAGGGCGCUUACGUUUGCAGAUGUCGUCCGGGUUACUACACUGCCAGUCAUCAUCAAUUCGGAUUUAACGGGACGCUCGUUGAGGCUGCAUGGAAAGAAAUGAAGGAGAACAAAACGGACCUCUACGAUCGAGUUUUUCGGUGUUCGGCUUGCGCGCCAGGAUGUACAACGUGCAGAGGUCCUGAGCCGUGUUUGGCUACUUACAACUGGCCGUUUAGGAUCGCUCUACUGGCCGUCUCGGUUUCCUGUGCCUUUGGAACGGUUGUUCUCGUUGGCUAUAUGUACCAACACAGAAAAUUGAAGGUCUUCAAAGUCGCCUCGCCGAUUUUUCUCUCGAUAACGCUUCUCGGCUGUGCAAUAAUGUAUUUAGAGAUGGCAGCGAUUUUUCCUGUACUGGACAUCUACUCGUGCAUCGCUACUAAGUGGAGCAGACAUCUUGGCUUUUGCAUCACGUACACCGCGCUCCUUAUGAAGACUUGGAGAGUUUCUCUGACGUAUCGAGUGAAGAGUGCACACAAAGUGAAGCUCACGGACAAGCAGUUGCUUCAAUGGAUGGUCCCGAUCCUACUUGUAAUGCUGAUAUACCUGGGUACGUGGACGCUAAGUGCACCACCCUUCGCCGAAGUGAUUGCCGAUAGUCAUGGUCUACUAUUCAAUCAGUGUUCGUUCAACUGGUGGGACCACAGUAUGGCGAUCGGUGAGGUCAUCUUCUUGGCGUGGGGAAUCAAGGUUUGUUACAACGUGAGGAAUGCCGAAAGUCUCUUCAACGAAGCUAGACUGAUCAGCUACGCAAUCUACAACAUCGCUGUGGUCAACACUGCCAUGGUUGCUAUUCAUUUAUUCAUAUUCCCGCAAGCCGGACCGGACAUAAAAUACCUGUUGGGUUUCGUGCGUACGCAACUCUCCACUUCGGUGACAGUAUUUCUCGUCUUUGGUCCCAAGGUAAUUCGCGUGCUCCGAGGACACGGAGACCAGUGGGAUAGCAGGGCCAGAGGGAGGGCCGGAGUCAGCGCAAGUUUUUCCUUGAAUGGUAUCGGUCUGGUACCGGAAGAAACAGCUGACUUGUCCCAAGAGAACGAGGAGCUCAAGGAAGAGAUUCAGAAGUUGGCAGCUCAAAUUGAGUUCAUGAAAAUUGUGCACAUGGAAAUGCAUAACAGGCACAUCAAACCAAAAGCUGGCGGCUACUUCAGCACCCCUGGACACGGUCAUCCCUCUUCAGCGCAGAGUCCGAUCGCCAAGAGUUCGACGGCCAGUUUUAUUCUGAAAGCGCAACAUUUUUGUCAAAGCGCGGUGGAGCGCGGGGCAACAGCAGCGGCAGCCGCAGCGGUUGAGGACUCGACGUUCCCGUCGGGGAGUCUGCACAGAGCUCGUCGUCGUGAAAUGCGACGGGAACGGGAACGGGAAAGGGAACGCGAGGGUGAACGGGAGAGGGAGAGGGCGGAGAGAGCUGAAAGGGCGGAAAAGGACUCGCAGGAGCAAGUGGCUCAGAAGAGCGGCGAGCGAGUCUGACUAGUAGUAAAUAGUGAGGAGAUAUGGUUGUGACAAAGACAGUGUAUUAAGUUCCAAAACGGUGGAAAGACUGGAAGAAAAAAUAAUCGACGGAGAGCGAGCUCGAAGCAUCGAAAUUCAAAAAAGUGGCUUCUGCCCCGACUGGAUUCCAGACUUCCGGUGUUCGUUUGAGUCGUCGUCGAUGAUCAAAUAAUUACUGUCCUUGUAACUGUGUCGAUUAUAAUAAUAUACUAACGUAUACUCUGUACAACUUUAAACGAGCGGGAGACAGAAGGAUUUUUAAUAAUACGUACGUACGUACGAAGUGUGCAGUAAAAUUGAUCAUUUUUUUUUUUUGUUAAGUAUAGGUCCCAGCGUACGUGAUGUCGCGAUGAAUAUUUAUAAAAUUAUAUAUUUGGAAACAGGGCUGCAAAAAAAGGCGCGCGAAAAAAAUACGCAGACGCAUCGUUUACAAAGUUUUUUACAUUUCAUGUCAAACGCAGAAUCGUUUAGAAAUUCGUGUGACUUAAUUACUCUAGAGAAAGAUAAAAGGAAAAAAAAAAAAAAAAUGAGAUGUAGGUACCCUAUAUUAAAACCUUCUGUUUACGAUCAUAGCUUCUUACUAUUUACCUCGGUUUAUCGAUUACGUUAUCCAAAAGCAGAAGUUGAGCGUCGAAUGAAAAACCUUAUGAUAUUAAUGAUCGCAAACUCUCAGCUUUCUGCUGUAAUACAUAGAUUAUGCAGAAUUUACGAUUGUGGUAUGUUUUGAGAUGAAUAAAAUAUUCAACUAUAAAGUGUUAAGAGUAUCUACUAGACAUCAAUCAGUGUUGACAAUAUAUGUACAGGGUCACCAGAAAGAAAAAAAAAAAUUUUAGCAACGCGGCUGAUUAUAAAAUGAGAAUGAAAUCUGAACCCGCGAGACGCGUUCGCAAUCUCGGCAAUGGUUGAAAAUUUUUUGACAAGAUGAAAGCUCUAUUCUCACAUAGUUUUUACAGGAGAAACAAGCCAGAUAGCAUGAGUUGGUUCCAACAGAUUUAAUGAUGGACGAAGCUUUUUUUUUGGCUACCCUGUAUGUGCACUAAGUUCAUCAAGGAUGACGUUUUUAAUUUUGUUACCGUUAAUUGAUACGUACUCAAGUACAUAGAAUUAUGUAUAAAGUGAUCUCAAAAAAUCUGACACAAUCGUGAGUGAAACUUGAACUUUUUUGGUAUAUAAAUUGAAAAAAAUCAAGUUAUAUCAUUGGGUAGCUGUUCGUCGAAGAAUGCCACAAUAAUUUAAGAGAAAUGGUUACUUCGUACUUGAGCUAAAGAAGCAUAAUCGAAAAAAUACAUCGCCCUGUAGAAAAAUUCAUGACAAACUAAUCAGGGUGACUACCCCUCGCUCAGAGGGCAGCACUGACUAGGCAUCGGAUUAGCGUUAAUCUCUGGAUUAGCGAGUGUCGCCAGACUGCAGAGAAAAGGGGAAGCGGGCCCGAGCGUUUCCAUUCCAAAGCUCUUAUGACUUAUAGCGGAUGUGCAGCAGAUAUUUUUUUUGUUUAAAAUGAAAUAUAUAGGAAUUAGAACCAACAAAUAACCAUUUCUCUUAUUGCGAUCCUACCAUUCUUCGUUAUCCUAUUUCAAAACUCUAUUAUUUCAAGCGGGUGUUUCGCAGCGAUAUGAGAAGAUUAAAAGGAUCAUUUUUAUUCACGAUGAAAUGCAAACUUCGUUAUUUCAGUUUUCACUGUGAGAAAAAGAGCCAAAGCCACGUGUCGCUCAUACGUUCGAUAUUCAUCCACGUUUCGAAAAUACGACCUUCGAGUUGUUGUUCCAGCUUAUCCUACGUGGAACAAAAUUUUCGUGCUGAGCCCACUCUGAAUUUGUAUUUUUUGGCACCAUGACCACGGCUAAUAUUCUCAGCGGUGUUAAAUAAUCAUAAUAAUAAUAACCAAUCGCGUCCGUGUACUUAGGAGCUUACAGACACCGCGGUGCGCUAACAAUUGUUGUACAUAGAGACGGUUCUCCGUCGCGAAUACUUCGCACUAUAAUACGUACAAACAUAUAACUUACCUCCCCGUAUUACAUCUGCUCUUAGACUAAUAAUAAACUAUUGGUCAAGCUCGACGUCGCUGACCCGAGGAUUCCGUUACACAAAUAUUUGUUAUCGCCUUCGGUAUACUUUAGAAUGGGCUCAGAUUUAAACAAUAUUUCUUUACGCACGCACAAGUAUAGGUACCGUACCUACGGUAGCGAAUGGUCAUGUAAUCAUGCAUCAGAUUUUAGAGGAAAUAAAAUAGAGAAAAUGAAAAAAGCGUACAUGCGAAUAAUCAAAUAAAUUAUACGACUGCAAGGCGCAAAGAAAUUUUUAGAAAUCCAGAGAAUCUUUGUUACUUUUUUUUUUUUGCUUGAAUUCUGAAUUUUUAUUUCUCUAUUUCUUUCAUUUUCGAUGUAGGGAGUUCAUUUGAAAAAUGCAUAUACAUAGGUAUAUGAUUAUAGAUGUAAAUUUUGUGACGAGACUAUAUCAGUAGAUAUAGUGUAUCGAACUCAUAGCAUAAUGUCGUCAGACAAACAAUUAUGAUAAUAUGAUAAUAAUAAUAAACUUAAUUAUUACAACAACAAUAACAUUAAUUAUAUAGUUAUAAUGAUAUUGAUAACAAUAUCGCUGUUUACGUCUAAAAUGUUUAUUGUAGCAUUGUUGUUGGAUGUGUGAUUUUCACUAAUGAAUAUAUAUAUAUAAUAUACACUUAUGCGAGGCUUGAAUAAAAAAAGUGUGAUAGGAUGCUAAUAAGAUAUUAUAAAAAUAAAAGAAAAAAGUGCACCCUCGAUUUUUCAAUGAGCCUUCAAAAUGAUUCGGAAUACAAGAACAGAUGAAAAAAAAACUGUGGCACUUGUAUGGUUAACGAUAUUUAUUUGUUCAUUUUUGAGGGAGUUUUUAAUAAUAUUAUAUAAUAUAUACUUGUCAAUUGUGGCUAAGCGCGUACCUGUCUGCACUAUUACAUUAUAUUUAUAUCUAAAUAGGCGUAAAAUUAAUAAUUUUGGAUAAAAACCGUCACGAAAGUUUGUACGUCAAAAUAUUGACGAAAAAAGCGAAGAAAAAAAAGACAAAAAAACAAAGAAGAUUAUUUACAGAGAUUGAAAUUUAAAUAAAACGCCAGGGCGCGGUGUGUAUCCGAAAAUAGAUUGAAAUUACGAAUUUGCAUUAUUAUUU